ACCGCUCGUCACCGUCUCCCCCUCUUCCCCUCUCCAGGUCCAGUGGCUGCACGACAGUGGUAGGAGGUGCAUCCUGUCAGCCUCUCGUCACGACGUCAGUCGGCUUGCAUAUCACCAGAGCGCCUGAUCUGCGGCUGCCUGCACCUCAUCUCUGCCGUAAACUGUAUAUCACGACGCGAUGACGAUGCUGCCCUCAGCGCUGCACCUCGUGCUCGCAUUCGGAUGGCUCGCGUUGCUGGGACGGGCAUACAUCCCAGCACUACCGGCGAACGAUAGUGCGAUCGUUCAAGCUGGAGUGAAUGAAAGCGAUACCUCUAUGCUAAAGCUCCAAUGGUUUCCGAAUGCAUCCUUUUCACAGACCGUCUCGUACCAGCUCGUCGGGGCAUCCAGCUCUGGUAUUAACAAAGGGGCUCUCGUCCACUUCUCUGAGCAGAAUGACACAAAUGAAACGACGACUACACCAUGGAUCGCCUUCGUUUCUUGUGAUACGAACGGAUCAACCUUCUCUCUAGACGAUGAUGUCUUUACUCUGGCUCGCGACCGAGGUGCUGUCGCUGCUCUCCUGUAUUCUGAAUGGUCUGAGGCAUGCAUCAUCAAUCCCGAGUAUGCGGACCCAGCAACGUUCGAUCAGGUAUUCGACAUUUUCUCCACAAAGUCUCUGGUAACAGCUCGUACGAUUGAAAAUGCUUUCACAAACGUUAAUCAGACGCUCUUCGGACAUUUCAACGCGACGACGUUAAACAAUACUUUUAAUAAUGUUAGCCAAGGCAUACAGACGGGACAAGUUUCACCUGGAUAUCUCAUCGCGACUUUGACGGCAGCAAAUGCGUCAAUUCCUGAGAACGGAGAUCAACCUGGCUCAAAUCCCUCGUCUUCGGAUGCUGGUAACAGUGGCGGCACAGAUCUUGCAAUGAUUGUCCUAUACGUGAUCACCGGAGCGGUCUCAGUACUGUUCUGCAUUGUUAUCUUAUCCGGAGCCAUUCGUGCUAUAAGACAUCCUGAACGUUAUGGUCCAAGACCAGCGGAUCCAACCAUGGGCGGCGAGCAGGGUCAAGGACAAAGUCGUGCUCGAGGCCUUACUCGGGCAAUACUCGACACAUUCCCGGUGAUCAAGUUCAGCCGCAUGCCAAACACCCAGAGGACAUUCGGGGAGCAAGAUGCUGCGCAGAAGCCACCAGAUCUGGAAACUGGUUCCGAGAGUUCGACAGCUUUGGAGAUGGCUGAACUUCCGACUUCAAAAGAUGCUCCUGAUUCUAAUUCUGACUCUGGGGGAACACCCCCGCGGAGAACUGUUGCGCCGAUUGCUGUUUCCGACCUACCGAGGAAUAAUGCUGAAGCAGAAGGCACAAGUUCGCCUGGUGCAGGACCUUCGUCUCCUACUCCUGGCCGCCAUUCUGCUACCCCAGAUGGAAGCCAAACAACCUCUCCUACGAGGCGUUCGCCAACGACUUCUGGACCGAAUGGAGAUAACCCUGAAGUGAUGCCGGAAGCCAUCGGUCGAGACACGUGUCCUAUUUGUAUCAUCGAUUUCGAAGAGGGCGAUGCUAUACGCGUGUUACCUUGUGAGGGAAGACACGUGUUCCACCAGGCUUGUGUUGACCAAUGGCUGCUUGAACUGUCAAGUAGCUGCCCGAUUUGCCGUCAAGACUUCCAUGCCUUGGAAGAAAUGAUUGCCAGCGGUGACAGUACACGUGAGGGUCACGACGAAGCGCACGACCGACGGUCGCACAUCGGAUCUCGUUUCUCUCGAUACCUUCGCUUUGCGCGUGGCAGGCGGGGUCGCCAUAACCAUCGACUAUGGGGGAACCGAGAUGACGUAGCGGAUGACCCUACGGACCCACCGAUGCCUCUCGUUCGCGACACAAGCUUGUAGUUUUAUACACACCUCACUACAUACACAUAUGAACAUUCUUUAUCCGACUUUACGAUAUUUAGUCCGUUCUGUCUUGACCUGUCCUCAUAAACCCAUUAUUCCGUGCUUUAUGCAUACCCUACUCUCACACUUCCGGUUAGCCGUGGACCCCUAUGCAUACAUUUCUUGACUGGUUUGAUUUCAAUCAUAAUUUGUAAUUUGUACUGGUUGCUGUGAUCAAC